CGUCUGGGCAGGUAGGGGACAGCGCCAGAAUGAAGCUCGCUCUCGGCCGUGCAUGGCAUGCGCGCUGGUGUGGGCCUGAUUGUUGGCGGACUGCUGACGGCACGCGCCGGGCACCCUUUGCGAGAAGUCAUCUUCCAAGAUGCCAAGGAGCGGGUGAAGGAGCUCGCGGUCCAAGUCUCUGGAACUGAGGCCAAGUUCACAACCCUAGAGCACUUGGACUGUGAGGGUCCAGGCUUCAAUGAACUCUGGAAAGUCCUGCGCUACUUGGUCAUGUUCGAGCUUCCGAGCGACUCUCUACGACCCCUUCGCCAACUGAGAGGCUGGACCGAUGAGUCUUCUCGUGCGGACCUGGGCGAUGCCGGCAUCCCAGCCAUGUCUUUGACUCUGAAGGCUUUGGCGGUCAUGAUGCAUGACGAGUGCCUCAACUCCGCUUUUCAACAUGUCGUGGAGGGGAGGAAUCCGGAUGAAUCCAAAGGACUGCUUAUACUUUGAGCUUGGACACCACUCCAGCGGAGCAGAGGGCUGCCAGAAAAGUGCAUAUGAGGCAAGGCUGGGCUCUCUUACGGAGUCUCACGUUCCUGGUUUUGAUCGGGUGAUCUUUGAAACGUCCCGGCCUUUUUGAGUGAAAAUAGUGAGAC